AGUAACAAAAUCCGUGAUACCAUUAGCAUAUGAAUAGGACACUCCCCUAACCCAUUACCCACGUCUUCUGAAAAAAAGGAUCAACAAUAAUAAUGAAAAGGAAAGGAAAAGGAAGAAACAACCCAACUCUUGUAAAUAUUGAACCAUUGUGUUUGGCAAGAGCAAAACCAACUUGUUCAAAGAAAAUGAAGAUGGAGAAGGUAAGUUUUCAUAGUAUUCGAACGUGGAAAAAUUCCAGCUCUCUCCUAAGGUAUUCACAAAUCAAUGGCUUUGCCAUGUCCCUGCAACAAAAGGUGAGAGUGAGAUUCCCCAAGUUGCUUGAUGUCAAGAACCCCACGCAAAAGACUGAAAAGGGUGGCCCCAAGGGCAAAAACAAAAUGAUCAAAUGGGCCAAACCUGCACAACUUCUGCCAAAGGAAAUUGGUUCCAUUUUCAGUAAUGGUUCCCGCAACAAGAAACCACUUCAAAACUCCAAAAAUGACAUAAACGAUAAUGCUGACGCUUUGAAUGACUGCACAGAAGAAGAACGAGAUGCGCUUAUUGUCUCCAGGAAAAAAGGCAGCAAGUUUAAGUCUUUGUUGGAAGAUUCAGUAGAGGGAUUAACGUUGAGUAGAUCAUGUUCAUUCAAGAAGAUAAUGAGAAUCAUAGAUACAAAGGGAAAGCAAAUGAAGAAGAAAGAUGAAGCAACCUCAGAAACGUCAACUGGCACAAGAAAGCAACCGCGGAUUUUGUUCCGAAAUCUUUCAGGGCUCAAGUUCAGGUUCAGGACGAGGGUUAGAUUUCGCUUCAACAAUGGGAAGACCAACAAAGCAGAUACUGGAACAGACUUUGAAGGUGCUGACUACGUUGCUGUUAAAAAUGCCGAGACGGGGAAAAUGUCGAAAACCAUUAGCUGGGCAUCAAUCAGGAGGCCUACUGGUUACUGCAUCAUUAGAAGCAUGAAAUCCAUACACAAAAGAAUGAUGAAACAGGGGAGAGAAUGCAAACAUGAAGAUGGGGACGAACAAGAGAAAGUUGAACUGGAAUUAUGCAAGAAAAGGAUACUCAUGGGAGACAAAUGUCGACCGCUCAGUGCAUCCGGCAGCCUUCAUUACGAUCAGAAUGGCAUUCUGUUACCAGAAGUUCUUCCAUAUCAAGAGUUAUAAGCAUGUUAAAGUUGAUUUUGUGAGGCUCAUUUCUGCACAUUUUAGAUUUUUAGGUAGGGUAAACUCUUUCAUCUAUCAGUAAGAAUUUCGGCUGAACAGCAACUUUGUACACUGUACAUUUGUGAAGUUAAGACCUUAUUGUAAUUGUCUACCCGCUUCUUUGAUAUUCAUGUGCAUGCUUUUUGAGACUGUAGCAGUUAACCCAUAAAUCGGCAUCCUUGGACCUGGGCAAGCAGACCAUUCAAAUCUUCUUCCUCAAGUUAUCAUGAAUGUAGGAGUGAACCGUAAAUAUGCAGUUCUCAGAUCAUUAACAGAACUCAAAUGAUAUUAAUUUGUUGGGACUUUGUAGCAUCAGCUAAUAAUACUAGAGGAACUACGGGACAAAGCUGCAGCUGCAGCUUCCAAUAGUAGAUUAGUACACCAAAAAGGAGCAAAAGAGAAAAAGUAAAGGUGCUA